UCCGCCCCUCCCAGACAGUCAGGAGGGAUCCACUCGCGCCACUCUUUGCAACACCGGCAUGUCCAGACAGUGGCUUAGACUCCGACGUGUGCUACCGCAGCAUUGGAGCAGCACCCCUGGAAUCGCUCUGCUGCUGCCGCUGCUGCUGUUGCUGCCGAUCCAGGCUGGGGCCAACUGCCCGUGCCAGGAUCCAGGGCUGUGCCAACCCAUCCGCGACCACCCCGACUUCGAGGUCUUUGUGUUUGAUGUUGGUGGCAAAACUUGGAAAUCUUAUGACUGGUCACAGAUUACAACUGUGGCACUUUUUGGAAAAUAUGACUCAGAACUUAUGUGCUAUGCUCAUGCAAAAGGAGCCAGAGUAGUGCUAAAAGGAGAUGUAUCGUUACAGGAUAUCAUUGAUCCUAAUUUCAGAACAUCCUGGAUAGCUCAACAAGUUAACUUGGCCAAAACACAAUAUAUGGAUGGAAUUAAUAUAGACAUAGAGCAAGAAAUUAAUUGUUCAACACCUGAAUAUGAUGCAUUGACUGCUUUAGUCCAAGAAACUGCAGAUGCCUUCCAUCAUGAAAUUGAGGGCUCACAGGUAACCUUUGAUGUAGCUUGGUCUCCAAAGUGCAUAGACAGAAGGUGCUAUAAUUAUACUGGAAUUGCAGAUGCUUGUGACUUCCUCUUUGUGAUGUCUUAUGAUGAACAAAGUCAGGUCUGGUCAGAAUGUAUCGCAGCAGCCAAUGCUCCCUAUAAUCAGACAUUGACUGCAUAUGAUGACUACAUCAAGAUGGGCAUUAACCCCAAGAAACUUGUAAUGGGUCUUCCCUGGUAUGGUUAUGAUUAUACCUGCCUGACUUUGUCAGAGGAUCAUGUUUGCACCAUUGCAAAAGUCCCGUUCCGGGGGGCUCCUUGUAGUGAUGCAGCAGGGCGGCAGGUGCCCUAUAAAAUAAUUAUGAAGCAAGUGAACAGUUCUAUUUCUGGAAUCCUGUGGGAUGAAAAUCAAAAGUCUCCAUAUUAUAACUAUAAAGACUCUGCUGGCCGUUUUCAUCAAGUGUGGUAUGAUAACCCGAAGAGCGUUUCUUUAAAGGCAACAUAUACACAAACCCGUGGCUUACGGGGCGUUGGCAUGUGGAAUGCCAACUCUCUUGACUACUCUGGAGAUGCUGCAGCCAAACAGCAAACUGAAGAAAUGUGGAAAGCCUUAAAACCGAAGCUGUGAUGUACAUGCACAUCUUUUGUCAAACUUAAGAUUUAGAAAAUGAUCUAUGUAAACAGAUCCGGUUUCUUGAAGAGUCAAAAAAUUUAUACUUUUUUGUCGUGUAUCUAUAUGUUACUUAUCAGUAUAAUCAAAACCAGACAGAGAAUAAAGAGAUACUUUGAUUGGUUGUAUUUGAAAGAUAUAUAGAUAUCUUAAUUAUCCAGCAACAUAAAGGUAAGAAAUAAGUCAACAUACUAUAUUAAUUAUUCCUCUAUAAGAUACUUUAAUACUAUAAUUAGGAACUACUGCUUUCAAAAUUUUAUUAUGCUAAGUUUUCCCCUUAAUAUUAACAUGUAUGCUUACAAAUAAAUGCUAAUUUUUAAAUAUAUGUAAUUUGAAGUGAAAAUAUUUGCUUAGCAUAGUUUUUUUUAAAACCUAGGCUUUAAGAAGCAGUUUACUUUGUACUUUUUUCUUCAAUAAAUCUGACCUUAAACCCUGCAAUUCCUCCUCCUCUUUAGGUUCAUCAAACUGCUGUAAAUAAUUUUCCUGACUCCAUAUGGCACUCGUGCCCUCUGAGGCAUAUGAGUUAAACUCAAACCACUGGAGGGGGAGGGGAAAGAAUAUAAAAGAUUAAAAUACAAAGUACAAGAAGAUAAUUUAGUAAUAUUUUUAAUUACUAGGUUAGACCUACCUAUUAUUUUCUGACUAAAUUUUUACAUGUAGUUAUGGAUGACAUUUUUUGUAUGUGGUUAUAUCUGAUAUUUUACAAUGGGAAAAGCUUGCUGUCGACCCUGAUUCUACCCCUUGUCAUGUCCCCUUCAUCUGCUGUCAUUUGCCCUUCCAGUUACUAAUAUUCCCUUUACUUAUGGACACGUAUACUUUACUUCUUGGCUAGUUUUCUUUUCAUGGUUAAAUUUUUAUUUUUAUGUAUCUGC